AUGCAAGAAGAAAUUACAGGGACAGAAGGAGCAGAAGGAAAUUCUGGAUGUGGUGAUCCUUUGACUCCUGAGGUGACAACUGAAUCUUCUUCUGGACGCCCUGAUGCAAUUCCUUGUAAGCGCAUUGCAGACAAGAAAUUCAUCAUAGCAGCAGCUGUUGUGGUCAUUUUGAUCAUUGUUGUAAUUUUAUUGGCUGUUAAAAAACUAUCUCCACCUUCUCCUUCCUUUGCAAGCCAAGAUGUAUCCUGCACGGAUUCCUGGAUUACAUACAAGGGAAAAUAUUUCUAUAUAUCAAAAGAAGAAAAGAAUUGGUUUAUGAGUUUAAAGACCUGUUCCUUAUUUAAUGCAUCCUUGGCAGUGAUUGAUACUCAGCAGGAAUUGGACUAUCUUAAAAGACUCUGCUCUCUUAAGUCUAUAACCCUGGGAAAGGAUUUUUGGGUACAUUUUUUAAAUCCAUUUGAUUACUGGUUUGGUCUUUCAAGAGAAACUAACAAGGUCUGGAAAUGGUCCAAUGGCACAGAGUUUAAAAAUCAGUAAGUACAUUUUGUUUAUGGAUCUAGAGAGCUAUUUUCCUAUUUGAAGCAUUUAUAUACGUAACACUCCAGCUUGAAUGGAUGAAAGGAUAAUAAGAAUCAAGAUAAUUUUUAGCAAAGCUUCUAUCCUCAAAAUAUAAGAAACAGAAAAGUGGGGGGUGAGGAGAGAGAAUUGCUCAGGCAACUGCAUGUAACAUCUGGUGGUCCAUGCACUACUGGCCAACAAUGAGGGACUGAGAUGUUCAGGAUAGCUGAGAUCGUAUACAAAUUCAAGAGCUGAUGGGUCUGGCGCCAAUUUUGAUACUUUUAUAAGCAGGAAGGAGCAGCCCAGUUUACCAUAACACUGCAGUUUGUUUGUUUCCCCCCCUAAAAGACACAUUUCAGAAGGCAGGGUUUCUCAACCUGACAACUUUAAGAUACAAGGCCUUCAACUCCCAGAAUUCCCAGCUACCAAUGACUGCCUGGUGCAUUCUGGCAGCUGAAGUCCCCACUUCUUAAAUUUGCCAAGGUUGAAAAAUUGUGAAUAGCCUCAAGCUGAACU